AUGGUUUUUUUAUUGAAGGUUUGGACGGACUGGAAGAGUUCAAUAAGGAAGAAGCUAUCCCAUAACAAGGCCGAAGAUGUAUCAACUGGAGGAGGCCCAUUUAACAAAUUUGUGGUAUCGCCUACGGAAGAUGCAAUUGCUAAAAUUUGCGGUAUUUACACCGUCGUUGAGGGAAUUCCUAGCACGAUGGAUUUCGGUGUGGAGGAUGAAGUCGUAUACGGUAACAAUAAUUCCAUGCCCAACAACUCCCGACAAGUUGGUCAAGGACAUGAAGCAAUGCAAGAAGUCACUGAACCUGCAUUACCAGCAACACCAUCAGGUAGGAAGAGAAAGAGACAAACCGGUGGGGAAAACAGCGUAGAAGAUCUUAUUGCAAAACAAACCAAAGCAAUAGAACAAAUUGGUGAAAAAAUGGAGAGCAUAUUGGCAGCUUCCAGCAAACUCGCUCGCGUUGCAAAGGAUUUUGAGCACACUAUGAAAAAUCUGCAGAAAUCUGUGGACUCUCUUCAAAAUUGUUUGGAAGCAAGAAACGAGGAGACGAAGAGACACAACGUUGAAAUUGAAAAUUAA